GCGCCGCCGCUCGCCCGACGCCGACGCCGCGCCGCGCCUCCGCGUACCUAAUAUAUUCCAUUGAUGAUAACAAGUGUUUACCCUGGCCAAUAGUUCGAUGUGAUGACACGUCUAGCGAAAGAAGGUAUCGCAUGGACCGAAAUGCUUUCAUCGUCGCACCCUCGAUGACAAGGCGUGACGGCUGGCAACCGGACAUCCAACAUGGCGAACGUCACAGACGCAUUCUGUGUGCCAGGCGCCACAAACUUCAACAAGGCUUAUAGCCGGUUACACGGCUACAUUGCUUUAGUCAUCUGCGUUGUCGGAUCAGCCACGAACUCUAUCAACAUUGCAGUACUCAGCCGCCGUGAGAUGACCAGUACCACUAACUCCAUCCUCACCGGCCUCGCUGUCGCAGAUCUCUUGGUUAUGCUCGAAUACAUACCCUACGUGAUACACAUGAAUAUCAAAAUUGGCCCCCAAAUCAAUCAGAAUACUUACACGUGGGCCGUUUUUGUCUACUUCCAUUCCAUCUUCAGUCAGACUUUCCACACAAUAUCGAUCUGGUUAACAGUGACGCUUGCAGUGUGGAGGUAUGUCGCUAUCGCUUACCCUCAAAAGAACCGGACUUGGUGUAGCAAGAAAAACACUACUACAGCUAUAGUGAGCGCGUAUGUGAUUUGCCCGUUUCUUUGUCUUCCUAUUUAUUUCGCAAUGAAUAUAGUGCCAAGUGAAGUGACGCAACACAACAAUACCGAGUUCGCAGAGGACUUGGCUCUGCCAGAAAAUCGGACCGUUUACGUGUUAGAAAUGUCUAAGAACGUACAAUUCGUUACAGCUGUUAUGUGGAUAUACAGUGUAAUAUUAAAACUCGUACCUAGUAUAGCGUUAUCAAUUCUAAGUUUGUGUCUAAUUUCAAAAUUGACUAUCACGGAAAGAAGAAGGCAGAUACUUUUGAAACGUUCAACCGUGGGACCAAAUGAGGCUGAGAAGCAGUGCCUAGCAGAAGAGCCGUGCGCACGGAGGUCGAGCCGCACGGACCGGACGACGCGGAUGCUGCUGGCGGUGCUGGGCCUGUUCCUCUCCACAGAGGUGCCUCAGGGCCUCCUGGGUCUGGCCAGUGCUCUCGCGCCCGACUUCUUCACUCACUGUUAUGGAAUGUUCGGCGACCUCAUGGACGUGUUGGCCCUGUUCACAUCGUCGGUAAACUUUGUGCUGUACUGCAGCAUGAGCCGGCAGUUCCGCUGCACAUUCGCACGACUCGUGCGCCGCAUGCUCUCUACGCCCGAAGAACCGAACAAGUUCGCCACGAAACUGGAACCGACCACGCAGGUGACCGGGCCGCUAUAGCGACAAAGUCCCGCCCUCAUAAGGGUGGUGGAGGAGAGUGUUAUUUAAAAUUGAAUAAAGAUAAAUGUACUCUCUCUAAAAAUAAACAUCGAUUUUCGAGUAAGGACUACAGAGUAUCAUAUGUAGAUAAUUUAUAAAAAUUGUAGGAAUAUAUUUAGUUUAAGUGUUCUACAGAUGUUUGCAAAGUUGUACAUAGUGUAGGUAAAUACGACCAGUGGAUCUGACAAUAGUCUUCGCGUCUUUUGAGCCAUGACGCGAAAACUAUUAGAGUAUCUGCAUUAGGAAAUUUUUAUUAAAUUAGAAUAAUUUAGUAAAUAUUAAAAUAUGUUUCAGUAGGAUUGUUAGUUAAAUAAAGGAUAAUGGGUUAAAUUAAUUCUUACUUUUAUAUGCUUAGGUAACAUGUGAAGUAUGAUUGUGUUAAUUCUAGGGUCCAAAGAAAUUCUUAUUUAUAACGGAUGUAGUUUAAAAAGUAACUAUGCCGUUAUUUAAUGCAUUUACUGUUUACCGUCUUUAGAUGAUUGUUAAUGUACACAGCACUAUGAUGUAUACCUACGAGUAGUUAAGACUUAAAUUCAAUUUUGAUAACAUAAGAUAAAAAUCAAUGUUUGCAAGUAAUACCAAAUACAAAUUUAUCUAAAAUAGGUACGUAGUUAAAAAAACUCAUUUUACCCUAUGCGUAAUAUGAGUAUAUACUUUUGUAGUAA